UCUAGUUCUGAAAAUAAUCAGUUCAGCUUUGACGUUCUUAGAGCAUCUUCUAAUCUUCAAAGUUUUACUGCCGACAGUAGAACUUACAAGCACUGAAAUAAUUUGUGAUUUUGUUGUUAUAGACAAUCAAAAUAAAAAUCACUCUCCAACAAUCAUGUCCAUAGUAAGAAAAGAAGGUAAAGAUACUAUUAUUUUUGCAACAAAAGAAGAUCAUUCCACUCCAAGUACGGUCACCUUACCAGAUCCAGAACCAAGUCCAGGAUUAAUUCUUCCAAGUGGACAAAUAAAUUGGAAUUGUCCAUGCUUAGGUGGAAUGGCAACUGGUCCUUGUGGAGUUGAAUUUAGAGAAGCAUUUUCUUGUUUCCAUUAUUCUGAGGCAGAUCCCAAAGGCUCUGAUUGUUUUGAAGCUUUUAAGAUCAUGCAAACUUGUAUGAUAAAUUAUCCAGCUCUUUAUGCCAAUAAAGAAACAGAUUUAGAUGAAUUAGACAAUGUAGAUGAUAUUCCUCAUGAAGAUGAUAGUAAGAAAGAACUUUUUGGCAGGAAUACAUCAGAAAUAAAAAAUGAGCCCAAUACAAGUAGUAAUAAACAAGUGGAAUCUGCUAAAGUUCAAUGAAUAACUUUACCAAUGAUGGAUAAUUAUUUUUUACCUAGUUUUAUUACAGCAAAUAACGCAAAAUGUUAUAUCGAUUGUUGUUUGUUGAGUGAUUAAUAAGUUCAAUGUUUUCAAAAUUCAUCAAAUUUGUAUCAAUUUAAUUGAAUUUUUCUCCAAUUAUUGAUAUGGUUUAUAAGAGUUUUACUUUAUGAUUUUUAGUAGUUUUUUUCAAGUAUGAUGCAAUGAACAAUUUAUCAAAACUGAUCGUAUCUAUGUAAAAAUUCAACAAUGGAAAUUACCUUGCUAAUGUUGCACUAUAAUAAUAAGAUAGAUGAUAACUCUUACCACAAUCUUAAUUCUCUUAUAUUAUUAAU